GAAUGGAAACUUUGUUUCACCUUACCUCUUGCAUCUUUCAACAAUGCUGUGAUGAUUGAUUCGUGACUGGUUUUUUUCUGCUGUUGGAAAUUUCGCGUGUUGGGUCGUCACUUUAACACGUGACAACGUGUAUGGACCGAACUCAAUUGUCGCCCAUGUUCAUUGUACGCCUUUGUCCUUAACUAUCCCGCUCAGCUAGAAACGAUGGCUUCACAUCAAUCCCGGAACGGUAAACGCACUCGAGAUGUCGAUUCAGAGUCGGACUCCAGCAACGGGCGUGACUCUGGAGCUGACAGAGCUCCCGCACGCCGUCCAGCUCAAGCGCGUCGCGAUGAGCCACAGACCACAACCCAGGAAGAUGACGCUAGUAACGCGAUUCCGAGAGCACUAGUUCGACGAAUCUUGAACGAAUUCUUCGAAAACGACAAUACUGCCAUCUCAAAAAAUGCCAACGAUGCGAUUAGCAAAUACGUCGAGGUCUUUCUUCAAGAGGCUAUUGCGCGAACAGCUGUCGAGAAGAGAAGCGGCUUUCUAGAGGUGGAAGAUUUAGAAAAAAUUGCGCCACAGUUGUUGUUAGACCUUUGAGCAAACAAGGCAGGCUGACAACAAACAUGUCAUAUCAAGGGGACCUGAUUGACUGAUGAAACUGAAGAUCAUAUCAAGACAUAUCCUUCGUUUGGCACAGUCCCCUUCGUUUGGCAUAAUCUCUAUCGGCAAACUCGGCUAUCCAAGCACUGAAGCAGCCUUGAGGCAUGGCAUACGGCUUGAUUGACUGCACGUCGACGCGUGUUCCUGUCGAUCAUGGCUGGCAGUGCUACUGCCGUUCCAAAAAUGGAACGAAUAGGCCCCUGUCAGCGUCAAAGACCUGGAUAAGGCACUCGAACGCUCUUGUUGAAGCAUCAUGUACAUACCAAUAGGCAUGGCGAUUUUUGUCAAGGCUGUGCAGCCUAGGUUGGCACAGACAGCACGGAUAGCAAGCAGAGAGGUGGCCCCGGCGGCCGUGUGGGAGAGGAGCAGUACUUCCUCUUGCUAAUGAUUCAUGAGAAACACAGAAAUUAACAAAUGAUUGAUAUU